ACUGCAGCUGACCGACAGGCGACUGGCGGCGCCCGGUCUAAGCCUAGUUUUUUGCUGACAUGGCGGUGCCGUGCUGGAAGAUAAGAGCGAACCCAUUAAAUGAUGCUGAUUAUUUGUGAAGGAAAGUGACAUUGCGCUGUAUGAGCUAACUGGUAAACCAAGGUGCAGCAUGGGGACUUCUGCCAGCCGUGUUGGGGACUUGGAGUCCAAUGAGUACCUGGCACGCUUUGCCAACAAAGAGCAUAUUUCACCCAAUGAUCCUUUCUGGAAUCGACUAUUGUCUUUCUCAUUCCCCCCACCAGCCAGUAUGGCAGAGAAUCGCAGAUUAGAUGAGCAAGUAGCAGCUGUUUGUCGCAGACUUCUUGUUAACAACUUGACAUCAGGAAAUUUAGGAUCUUUGUUGCAUGUAUUCCUUGGGCGGGCUGGCGAGUUGCUUGCAUCAGCCCAGACGGACAAUGCAAUGUUUGGAUGGCAGACGUACAAUGCUUUACUUAUAUUGCGUUGUAUUUCAAAGUUUCUCGUGGAAAAUGUUAAAGAAGAAGAUCUAGUUCGACAAUUUGAAGCAAGGCCUCAAGUGUCAAAUGAUGUGUCAAGACCUCCUGAUGAAGGGGAACCACGCCUCGAAGUAUUCUUGGAUGCCCUAGUGGAGCUGGUGGUGGAUGUGCCAGUCAAGGAUUUCACUUAUGCUGUACAUGUAGAGGCUGUACACACACUGCUUGCUCUUCUAGCUGGCCCUCUAUACUCACAGCGUCCUGCUCACCAGUUUUGUGUGUAUAGAAGUUUGAUGCAGGGUAGAUAUGCAAUUCAUGCUCCCCUUCUGGUCAAAACACUGCUGCUUCACUUCUCGGAGCAGCAGCCUGCACCAGCUGGUCUUUACCGUCCCAACUCUGGGGGAGGCAGCCUGGUUCUUGCUUUGGCAUCUGGUUUAUGGUCUGUGCUCACUUUAGGAUAUGGUCGCACAGUUACAGCUGAGCCAGAACUGGAUCCCAAUGCACCAGACGCCAUUCCUCCAUUGGUGGGGGAGCCACCUGUCACAGAUGCUCCUCUCGCCAACCAUGACCGCGUGGAAUCGCAGCACACCCGAGCAGCAGUGUCCUUCCGUCUCGACAUGUCACCUUUGUACCAGGCCCUUUGUGCUGGGGCAAGGAGAGCUCAAGAAGAAUGUACACUCCUUUUGUACCUGCUCCUGCAUCGUAAUUCUGAUGCACGGACCCACAUUUUGGCACGCUCAGAUCUUGAGCAGUUGGUGGAACCAGUGCUUCGCACCCUGUAUCACGCACCAGCUGCAGGCUCCCACCAUAUCUACAUGUCACUUAUUGUGCUUCUUAUUUUGUCAGAAGAUGAAGGUUUCAAUCGGAUAGUUCAUGAUAUAAUGCUACGUCAAGUGACCUGGUACACCGAGCGUGCAGUCUCAGGAUUGUCUCUGGGAGGCCUCCUUGUUUUGGUUGUGCUGCGUACUGUGCAGUUUAACAUGCUGCGCAUGCGUGAUCGCUACCUUCAUACAAACUGUCUUGCAGCCCUCGCCAACAUGUCUGCCGAAUUUCGGAAUUUGCAUCCUUAUGUAACACAACGUCUCGUAUCUCUCUUUGAAUCACUAGCGAAGAAGCAUGCUCGUUUGCUUCAACAGUUGGCUCAGGUAUCUUCUGCAUCAUCCUCUGCAAGUGCAGGUGGCAGCUCAUCAGACACAGACGGUUUGCAAGAGGCACUUCCUGCUGGAGCUUCUGCAGUAGAUCCAGAUAUGGUGGAUGAGCUGGGCCAAGAUGUUGGUGUGUUGGAAGAGGUACUGCGGAUGGUGCUGGAGAUAGUUAAUUCGUGCCUCAGCCACCAACUUCCACACAAUCCCAAUCUAGUGUAUACACUGCUUCACAGACGUGCUGUGUUUCUGCCCUUCCGACAACAUCCAGCAUUUCAGGACAUCACUCACAAUAUUGAUAUGGUCCUGGAGUUCUUCUCGAGUGAAUUAGAAUCAGCCGCAACUUCGGUAGGUGGCAGAGCCCUCGGGGUCUCUGAAGUGCAAGCUGCAAUUCAGCGUGGAGUGACACGCUGGCCACGGGACAGGCUACGUAAGUUCCCCGACCUGAAAUUCAAAUAUGUGGAAGAAGAACAACCAGAGGACUUCUUCAUUCCUUACGUGUGGUCUCUAGUGGUACGUGCAUCAGGAUUGCACUGGAGCAGAACACACAUGAAAUUACUGUUGGCCGAGGCGGCCACUGCAGCUGUAUGUUGAAGCAAAUGCUGUGUGCCAAGAGUCACUUGUUGAGAACCUGCAUCCUUCUUUUACAAGUUGUCUGGUUAUUCUGGGAAACAUUCAUUCUCCUCUUCAUUAGUGUAACAUAUCUUUCAGUUGUCUUGUAGAGGUAGUGCAGUCCUCCAUUACUAUUGUUUUCCCUCCUUCUUUCUUUCUAUUCAUUGCCAAAUGGAUUUGAAAGAGUAUUUUUUAAAGAGUUCAAUUUUGUUAUCUAUUAGAAAUUAAUCAAUAAGAUGCUACAUAUUCAUUUAUCAGUAUAGGCAGCAGGAGGAUUGUCACAGAUUGCUGCAGAUAACCUCCCAAGAUAGAUUCUUAGUGCUGUGAAGUUUCAUUACUCAUUUUGUCUACUUACUUCAUCAACACUCUCAAAAUAAUUAUAUUUAUAUAGUAAUUGCCAUUAACUUCUGAUGUACAUUAUAGUAAUAUAUAAAGAUUUUUUGUCAUUAUUAUUUUAUUGAAAUUUAUUUUAUUUAUACAAAAUGUAUGUUAAUAUUGAUGAAAUACAAAUAAUUAUAAGAGCUUGCUUUUAAGCAAAUUUUCAAAACUGGUAUGUGCAGGAUAUGUACAUUAACGUUUAGUUGAAAUUAAUUACAUAAAACUGUAAUUACUAGAAUAGUCAACAGCAUAACAAAUGGUUUUUAAAUUGUACAUAAAAUGAAUAUAGCACAGUUAUGCAAAUGACUCUCAGUAAUAAUUGCAUAUCUAAUAUAAAUGACAAAAGUUUCCUCAUCAGUAAGGGGAAAACAAUAGCAAAAUUACUUUUGCUGCUUGGCCAGUUAGUUGCAUUUCAAAGCAUCUUACUACUUAGUAUCCUGUGGAGAGUCAAAUCCUAGAACUUGUGAUUUGAAAGUAAGCUGAAAAGAAUCUUAAUUUUGAAGCUCUUUAAUACAUAAUCUUUUGUAAAUUAAAUCUCUGUUAACCUUCUUUGCUAUAAGUGUUCAUCUUUCCCUUAAAGAAAUGUAUUCAAAAUACUCCUGUUUCUUUAUUACAAAUUUAAUGAUUUGAUAUUUACAAAAUAUUUUUUUCUGUUUAAAUAACUUUGGAAAGGUGGAUAUGUACUGUAUAUCUGAAGGUGGAGAAAAAAUACACAAAUAUUAUACACUUCAAUGUCUACUUUCAAUAUUUUUGAACCGUAUAUAUUUUCUAUAGUACAAUCAGCAUAAAGGCUGAAGAUAAACGAAAUGGGAUGACUUAUAUUAUUAUCGCUGAGAGAAUUUGAGUAGGUUCACUAAAGCUCUUUAACAGAUUAUUUGUUGUCUUAAUUCACACUAUUAAUUUUCAUUUUUCUAUAUGCAUGGAAAGAGACCAAAAGUGUCCAGGGGUGCCCAACUUGCAGUGCUUUAAGGGCCACAUCUAACACCUUUAAUAUGGUCGCAGGCCAUAUUUUCUUUACUUGGGCAAUCCACACCCCACUUCCCCGCACUGUUGAUCUUGGCAGUUUCCCAGCUGCUCUGAAUCUGGGGAACCCCCCACCCUUCUGCGUGUGAUAUCAGCUCGUACCUUGCACAACGUACAGAGUCACAUUGGGAUGGUUUUGAAUUUAUUGGGAAAAAUCCUUAAAUCUAAACAACCUAUUUUUACAUAAAGAGAGCGUUGAAAGAACAUGUGUGCUAGGUGCACAAUGUUCUCACCAGACAUGGAUGCAAGCAACUUUUACUUUUGACUAAUAACCUUUCAUGAGCUGCAUUCAAUGGCAUGCUGGCUGCCAGUUGGACAACUCUCAUACAGAGUGUAAAACUUGCAUUUCUCUUUUGCCCAAUUUUUUGCAAUGUUUUUCUUAUUAUUUUCUCCUUUGUAAUGUAUAACUGAAAAUAAUUAAACUUACUUUAAUUAUUUUAAAAAAUUUAAGUUUUUAACUCUAUUGUUAAUGAUGUUUUCUCAAAAUCCAAUGUUGAAUGUCAACAUAGUAAAGAUAGCUUAUUUCUUUUCAUUACAAUCAUAAAAGGUAGUAUAAAAGACUACAAGACUACAGAUUUAAAACAAAAUUUUGGAUUGUACUUUAUAUGACCGUAUAUGGCACACUGUACAUUAUGGAGUUAAUACCUUAAAUGCAUUUUGUUAUUAGAGCAAUGAACUGCUUUAAAAAUACAAUUUCAUUAAUUAAAAAAUUCAACUUUUGGUCUCUUUUUAAACAGCUGGUCACAUCUAAUAACUUCUGUACAAUCACUUUGUAUUUAAUUUGUCUAUAGUACAAAAAUUGAAUGUUCCUCAUGUGUUUCUUCCGAGAAAAAACAUAUUUUCUCCACAUUAUUGAGGAAACUUGUUUUUAAACUCCCAGUAUUAAUUAAAAACUUUGGGAAAAUCUCAUCUUUUUUUCAUUGUUAAAUUUUUCACGAAUUUUGCUUUGACCUGGCUUGUCGUCUUUGAGAUGCACAUCCAGAUUGAAUUGAAUUGAAUUUGCCUUAUUUUACGCGGCGAGACUUGGGC